UCCGUGAAACGCGUGCUUCAAACCACACACACGCAUAUUGCGUAUUACAAAAACAUGGCGACAGUUUAGUCAAACAGAAAGCAAAAGCUGUCAGCAUUUAGUUAAUUUGCUCGCCCUUUUCGUUGCUACGUGAUUAUUGUUUUCUGCAUAUUUUAAUUUGUGGGCAACCCAACUUAGGGCAGUCACAUGAGGUCCUUUUGUUGGGUAAUUUACUUGUCACAAUGCGUCGGUUCCAGAGAAUUAUUGAGCCGAUAGACGACUAUUUGUCUUCAGUUGGUUUGUACAGAAAAGUCACCGCGAAGGAUGGCUCCUGCCUUUUCCGUGCAGUUGCAGAACAGGUGUUCCACACUCAAGCUCUUCACGUCAAAGUGCGAGAAGCCUGUAUCCAGUACAUGGAAAACAACAAAGAUCGCUUUGCUCCGUUUGUUGAGGGACCUUUUGAUCAUCACCUCUACAAGCUGAAAAACCCAAAGGAAUGGGCUGGUCAAGUUGAGAUAAGUGCCUUGUCUCUUAUGUACAAGAGAGACUUCCAUGUAUAUCAGGAACCUGGAAUGGGUGCUUUCAACGUAACUCAGAAUGGUUUCCCAGACAAGGUUGUGUUGUGCUUCUCCCAUGGUAACCACUAUGACAGUGUCUUCUCAAGAAAGUUCCAAGAAAACGCAGCCAUUACUCAAGCGGUCAUCUAUGAGAUUUUGUACAAGGAUGUCUUCAAGCUUUCCAAGCAGGUGGAUGAAGCAGUCGACAUCUUAAGAUGCUCCAAUAAGAAACCCAGAAGAGACAGUAAUUGUAGCGCUGAGGGAUUGAAAGAAAGAGACGAUAGAGAGUGCGGAAUAGAAAGGGAUGGGAGAGAUCGUUAUGGGAGAUUUCAUGAAGAGAAGAGACGUCCUCCUCUACCCUACAGGGUUGCCAAGGCAUUGGAUCCAGAGAUUUAUCGGAAUGUGGAAUUUGAUGCAUGGAAUGAGGAACGAAAGGAGCAACAGCAUCAAGAUUUCCUGUUAGCAUCGGGAAUGCAGUACGUACCUGGAGAUAAGUGUCAGGUGUUCCUCGAUGAUCCAAAGAAGAUGUACAAUGCUCACAUCCAAGACGUGCAAUCCUGCAACGGUCCUGUUACUGUUUUCAUUGAAGACUUGGGCGAAAAACACACUAUUCCGAUGAAGAAUCUCCGACCGACUGAUCCAAGUCAUCGACCCUGGAGCCCUCUUAGUGGCAGACACUACAAGAAUCUGACUAGCUACUAUCAUAAGUUCACAAACGGAGUGGCAAGCGAUUCAGAAGUAUAUAGGAUGAAAGCCAAGGCCAUGAGGAAAGUUGGUCCGAUGAUGAGUCAGCCGCCAAAUGUUCCCUUCAACUCUCACUACUCCUCUCCAGCCCCUCCAAACAACUCUCAAGGUUUCGACCACGGUCAACCACACCAGCAUCCACCAUUCAUCCGCCCCUUGAUGCAACACGACAAACAGAGUCCCAGAUCAACUUCUCCCUACCAGAAAGGUAAAGGAAAUGGUCGCUGUAACCACACGAUGCACAACUCCUAUCCAAACAGUAUGGUUCAAGAAGAGUACGAUGAGAAGAGAGCAUUAGAAGAAUCUCUUGCUCUCUUUGAACUUCAAGAGAGAGACUCCAACUCAUUUCCUGCUCUACCGGGACACCAGUCUGGUCGCAUCAACUUGGCAAGUCCAGUUAACCUGUGGGAUAAAUUCAGAAAGGAAGGCAGGAAAAGUGUCUCUCCCAUCCAGAGAAUAAACACACCGUCUCCCGUUGCUAUGUUUGAUGGAAGAGGAAAUUUUGGAGGUGAGAACAUCCAGGGAAGAUUUCAAGACAUGUCUCUUCAUGAUAAUGGAAGAGGUGAUGGGCAAGGUGCACCUAAUUCAGGAAGGAAUCAUUUCAGCAGGGACAACUACCAUACCAAUCAGCAACGGGAGAACACCGCUACCUCCCAUGACUACUCCCCUAACGCUCCAAAGUGGCAUUCUUCCAACUCCACUCUAAGCACCAGUGGGAGUAAUGCCUGCCACUCGGCCGGUAACACCCCAUCCCCGCCAUCGGUUCCCAUGAUGCCUGGCUACAAUGCAGGAGUGCCUAUUGGGAUACCACUCUACCCGAUGGUCAUUCCAUUGACUGAUAAUUUGACUGGACCUGUCAAUGCUUCUGCCACAGCCUCCAGAGACCCAAAUGGCUACGAUCUUCCUUUAUCAGAUGUAUCUACUAUGCGCUACUAUUACAACCUUGGGAUUGAGUAUCACCAUCGCCUCUACCUCUUCCAAAUACAACAGUGGCAACAACAGCAGCAGCAGAGUCAGCAACAGCACCAGCAACAGCAGCUUCCUAUGCAGCAGUCACCAGACCACCCUCCCUGCGCCAUGGUGUCACAGACUCCGCACCAACAGCCAGCCCAACAGCAUGUGAUGCAGACAUCAGUCACCACACAUUACUCCCCGGAGGGUCCUGUUUCUGUUGGUGGUAAUGCUUCUGAGGAGGAGGUGGAUGAAGGUAUGCAACAGAGAGUAUGCGCCUCCAACGGUUGUCAACAAGAUGUGGCUGUGAUUUCCAAUCAGCAGUCGACCUUAUCUUCACCCUACCUGAAGAACAAAGGAAGAGAUCACCUGAAUGGUGUUCAACAACAACAACAACAACAACAACAACAACAACAACAACAACAACAUCAGCAGCUGCCUUUGCCAAUGAACGCUGUAUAUUUCACUUUCCCGCCACGCACCAUUGCUUCCAGCCCUCACGACUCUACUUCAACUCUGGUUCAAGAUCAACAAUAUGUCGAUAGACAGAUCUCAAGAUCUGCUUCACAGCUGAGUUUAGAGGGCCAGCAGCAACAGCAGCAGCAGCAGCAGCAGCAAUGUGAUUCUGAUAAUGUUGUUCUUUCUGCUGUUAAUACCGAUUCCGCAGUAGGUAAUAGUGCGGCGAGAUCUGCAAUGACAACCCCUAUGAGACUCAGCAUGCCGCUGAGAAUCCCCACUCCACGGUCUGAAGAGCACAGCAACAAUGCUCACAUUGAUAAUCGGUCACCUUCUCCAUUCCUUCCAGCUUGUCCUCCCGAGAUCCGAGUCUCCAGUGCUGCCCGGAGUCUGGUCACCCCAACCCGGCGUAAAUCUCCCUUUGAUGUUGUUAGCCCAGGAGUAUUUCCCAUGUCACCCUUCCCAGUUGUUCAAAAUACUAACGCUACUAUUCACCUUCCUCGUUUGUCUCAAACAGGACCCACCCAGUCGUACUACAUUGAGUCCCCAGUCCACCAGCACCUUGCACAACAGCAGCAGCAGCAGCAGCCAACACUGCAACCCCCACCAGCACCCGUAAACACCUUCUUCAACCCACACGCUAAUCCAACGGGCAUUCAAACCGAGCCUUACGCACAUGUGAAUUACCACCCAGCACCACCAGGUAACCUUGGCACCUAUCAGUACCCAGUGCAAGGUCAGUGGCAACCUGCAUUUCCUUAUGGUAGCCCAGUGAAGGUACCCACGGUAGCCUAUGGGCAAAGCCCUCCUGUCACUUUCAUUGCAAACACUGCACCGGCCUCAGCGCCAGCUCUUUACAUACCUGCAACCCACUAAAGAUUAUUUAAAUUCAUGUGUACCUUCCUCCAUGGUUUUGGCAGUCACUUUGAGAAUUAUUGUAAUAACUUGGUGUAUAAGAACUAAUGUUACUUCUCACAAGAGCACUCUUUUAGGUUUCACCGGAACUUUAAAAACUUCCCAAGUAAUAACAGCAUUGAGAAAUAUCAGACUUUUAUCGGAGUUCAGACUUUUUUAUGUCUGUUUGAUGAAAAAAUGAGCUGUUAUUUUCUCAGAUAAUUAUUUAAUUCUUCUCUUUGUCCAAUUCUCUCGUGCUGAGGACACUGUCCCCAAAAGCUACUUCAAGUCUAUAACCCCAAAAGGUUGAAAUUUCAUCAUUUCAACAUACACCUAACAUGUGGUACAGAUUAUUUUGUCAGCAAUUGCUCUUACCCCUGGUUUUUACAUUCUGUUACUGACCGUAACUUUAACUCCAUUGUUAAAGUGCAGCCAUCUUGUUGUGUCUUCCAUGUUUGUUAUAUGUCCAUAGUGAGGCUUGGAGGAAAUUUCAUUCUAUGCUAUGCAAAAUCACUUUGAAGCAAAAUCACUUAAGUUGUUUUAAGUUGAAAUGUUUUCCUGUGGCUGAGGCUGUUAUCUUCAGGGGCAAUAAUGUAGAAUAAGAAGAUGUGUUGAUCUAGCCAUAGCUGUAGCCAAAUCCAUUGAGUCCAAAUUGGCGGCUAUGGCUGAGCUGUAUUCUUCAAAGGCAAUAAUGAAGUAGAAGAAGAUACUGUGGUCUAGCCAUAGCUGAAGCCAAAGCCGCUGAGCUCAAAUUGGUAGCUGAGGCUGUUAGCUUCAGAGGCAAUAAUGUAGUAUAAGAAGAUGCAGUGAUUUAGCCAUAGCUGUAGCCAAAGCCACUCAGCCUAUGGCCAUGUCCAAAUUACCGGCUAUGGCUGAGACUGUUAUCUUCAGAGGCAAUAUUGUAGUUUUAAAAAGUUGCAGUGAUCUAGCCAUAGCUGUAGCCAAAGCCACUCAGCCUAUGGCCAUGUCCAAAUUACCGGCUAUGGCUGAGGCUGUUUUCUCUAGAGGCAAUGUAGGUAUAAGAAGAUCAAGUGAUCUAGCCAUAGCUGUAGCCAAAGCCACCCAUCAAAGUCAGUGAGUACUUAUAUGGCAAAAUGUUACAGGCUUUUACUUUAUGAAAUCAUAUGCAAGGGGUUGGUAUAAAUUAUUUGAAUUGAUGUGAAGUUUUGUGAUUUCUGUAAAUGUGAUAAUAUGGCAACAGAUGGUUCUUAUGGGCUUACUAACUUUAAUCAUUUUUUUUCCUUUCAAUUAUUGUGGUGGAUGGUGUUGUAUUAACAAGAAAAAAUGUAACUUUAUCUGUUACCCUGGUGUUUUAAACAGAUUUAUAAAACUCCAAAGAAACGGGACAACAUUCCUGAAAUAAAUUUGACCUUUUUUCAAUGACAUGCAAAACAAAAUAUACAAUUUAUUUUUCCUACAUAAUGUUCCAAAGAAUGGAGAAGAGUCAGAAAAAUAUGCAAAAAGAAAAGAAUUAUUAUAUGACUACUUUAUUUUGUAUUAAAUGAUAAUCUUGGCAGAGAGCCUCGAUGAUAUAAAAGAUAAAAUUAAUUUGCAAUGAAAAUAAUAUGAACAUUAACUAAAUGUCUUGUGACUAUAAGAAGAAAAAAGGUGCAAAAAUUGCUUUGCUGUUUCUUAUAUUUUUUAUACGGUACAGUAACGUGUUUGUAGUAAGAUGGCUUUAUUGAUAUCGGUUGAGAGUAUAUCUUGUUCUUGUGUUGAUUUUGGAAUCAAUGGUCAGGGGAGGUACUCCUAAUCUUUCUUUUUAAUUUGGUGAUAUGGAUUACUGAAAAUAUUUUGAAUCAACGACAGCACUUAGUAUGGGGUUGGGGGGGGGGGUUCCCCCAGGUAAUUGAUUUGCCCCCUGCCGCCAUUUUGACAACCAAAUUAUUUCCCACCUCCGUUUUAACCUGAUGACUGAAAGUAAAUUUGACCCAAAUCACACCCAUAUUAAUUCAGAAUGUUGGUGUAACCCCUAGCUCAAGAUUAAAGCUGGUGUAAGUCUAUCAUCGUGGUAAGACAAUCCUUUUUCCAGCAGUACAAAAUUACAUUAAAAAUUAAUGUUUGUCCCCCUUUAUUUUUGAUACCUCCCCCCCAAAAAAAGGAAUAUCUGUAUCCAACCCAAAACCACGUUUUGAUUAUAAGAUGUUUGGUUUAGAAAGAAUACUGUAUAAAUAACCUACCACAGAUUAUCUGUUUAUUACAAAUUUUGAAUACGUGUCUUUGUCAGUGUUAAUUUGGAUUGAUAAUAAGUUAAGGAUUUACUGUUUUUUCUUAGUAUAUGUUAUAAGUUAAAGAAAAAAAGAAAAAGUAAAACAACCUUAGUUGAGAUAAGUGAAAAUGAAUGUUUGCAGCUUUUAAAAGAUUGUUGUUUCCAAGUUGAGUUUUACCUUCGUUGAUGGUGUUGUAUUGUUUUCUUAGUUCAUUUUAAGUUCACAGAUUUAUUCCAUUGGUUGAAAUUGUUUGUUUAAAAUAUAUUUUAGUGUUUAUCAACUGAGGUAAAAUACUGGAUUCAGUGCCUUCGUUUAACUUAAAUGCCAAAUAUUUACAGGGUAAAAUAUAUUUCUAAUUUUAAAUACAGUAUUCUAUGCAAAAAUGGUGAUAUUGAAAUAUUAUAAAAAGUGUAAUAAAAUACUCGAAGAUACAAAAAUUCUAAACCACUUAUAUUUUGAAUUAGUAAAUGCUUUGAGUGGGUUUUAGCUAAUUUUGUAGAAUAAUUAUUUGAUUGUCCGGAGAAUUGCUUCAAAAAUUGAGAAGUGUGUUAUAGAAUAUGUUAUUGUUGAAUUUUGAAAUCAAUUAUUACCUUUGCGCAGGUGCUUUUUAAGAGUGUUUCAAUUGUGUUGUAUAGUUUAAGUGAGUAGGUUUGCGAUUUGAUGUUUCAAAUGUUACAAAUGUUUUUAGUAAGUUUAAGACAAUUGUUAUGGUAUUUUUCAAAACAGAUUUUUGCCCAUUUUGAAUCAGUUUGCCAAAGGUAAUGUUUUCUAUUUAAGUUUUAGUUUUGUCCUGCAUUGAGGGCACCCUGCCGCGUUUGCAAUUACUGGGACGGUGAUAAAUCAAAUCAAACAAAUGUUCUUGAGUAUUCUUGAGCCAUGUGGUGCUCUUCUGGUUUCCCACAGAUCUUAAAAACUUCAGAGUUUCCCGGUUUCUCACAAAUCAAUGUGGGACAAAACUAGAAUCAAUUGUUCCUUCCCUCCUCUGCAAAAUAUUCAAAUUUGUAUUGUUUCGAAGAAGAAAAUAAUAAUAAUUAAUGCCCAUAUGAGGACUUCUAAUUUAAAUAAAACGCUCAUUGUAGUUAAUUUUUUUCAAAUUGAUUGUAUUUAAUAAUAAUAAUAAUAAGUGUGUAUGGCCUGGUUUUAAGAGGGUCGAUAUGUUAUAAGUAUGCGUUAGUAUUUGUAGUUUUUGGGCUGUGUGCACUUGGUUUUGGUUUGUUUGAAAGUUGUUCAUAAACAGUAUUUGGUUUUUCAUAGUUAUGGCUUACCGUUUUCAGGCAAAACAUAUUUGUCUUUCAAAGUAAUUAUCAGAAAAAGAAAUCAUAAUUAAUAAUUAAAAUUUAGUUUUGCAUCAGUGAUCAUUUAUAAGGUAAUGACAUUUUGAUAUAUUGUAAAAUGAUCAGUCAUAAAUUAUUUUUGGCUUAAUCAGUGUAAUCAGUGCCACCAAGAAAAAAAAAAUGAUUUUGUGAAAGUGUAUUUUGAGAUUUAAGAAGAAGAAGAAAAAAAAGUUGAUAUAUUUGUACCUUUUAGAUGCCUUAAUAUAACUUAUAAAUUCAUGGUUUAGGUUUCAAAGCUUUGCAUGGUAGGAGAGAAAAUUUAUUUUGUUUACUAUAUUAUUCAGCCAUGUUGAUACUCAAACAGUGAUUAUAGUUUUAUUGUAAAACUCAUCUGGAAAUUUUAUUUCCUGGGUUUUUAAUUUAGAAUGUUGCAAAAUUUUGAAGUUUGAAAUAUUGUUUAUUUACCUAACAAAGUUUGUUAGUAUUUGUUAUAUUAUGUAGUAGCAUGUGUUGUUAAAUGUACAUAUUUAUAUAUAUCUAACAUAAAAAAAGUUAUUUUAUUUUAGAGUACGGUAAAACAGUUUUAAAAAAAACAGUUAAGAUUACCAAUCCUUGUUCUAAGCUCAAGUUAUCUUUGACAUGGUAUUUCGCCAGUUUUCUAUAAAAACAAAACAUCUUUUGCGUUGUAUAGUUCUAAUAGUAAGGGGCCAUCCAAAGUUUUCAAUUUUUGCACUGGGCACAAAGAGUAUGAAGAGAGAGGAAGUUGGUCAGAUAUGUUGGUGACUUUUAUAAGGUAUUUAAUAUGUUGUUAUUUAAAUAAGGUUCACAAAUUUUGACAGGAAGAUGAUGAUAAGUUCUAUCAUUUGGGGGAGGGGGUUGGAUUCUUCAUUCGUAGUUUCUCUGCAAACCUGAAAAUGCUGAAAAACUUUGGAAGGUCUCUUAAUUGAAUUGGAUUAUUUUAUCUCUGUUGCCCCUCUGUUGCAAUAUUGCUAUCUCUAGCCCUAAUUUUGGCUGGUAACUUUAUUCUGGCAAGCGUAUUUUUGUUGUGCUAACCUACAUUGUAUUUUGUGCUUGAGCAGUUCUUUAUAAAAUUGGCUCAUGUUAUGAGACUUCUAUUUAUGUUAAGAGAAUGAUAUCUCUGUUAAAAAGAUUGACCACUUCACCUGACUUCAGCAAAACAAUCACCUGUGACAUCAAAAUUCGUUUUGCACAAAGAAUUCGCAGGAGGUAUGAACUGGGCUUUACAGGAGCUUGUUUUAGGUUGAUUUCAACUUUUAUUUAGAAGAUGCAAGUUAAUCUUUGUAAGCAAAUAUUUUGUGCAAUGUCAGACUGACUGCCACAUUAGCUAAAAAUAUGUUCUUUAUGUUGAAGAUCCUAUAGUAGAGAAGACUCGUAACUAUUUAUUCACCUUCUGUUUUCUGCAAUUUCUUUUUACAAUGAUUUGAUAAACGCGUUGAAUAAUGCCGUGUAAGCUUAUUAUAUGAUUUUUUAUUAAUUUUGCUCAUUCCAAAUCAUUAUUUAUUUGUGGAUCCACUGUAGGGUGUGAUUUCACAACUUCCAAAGUUCUAACCAAAAAGAUGUAGCGCAUUAAAAAUGUUGACAUAAUAAAAUGUUCCUGCUCUUUAUACACA